AAUUUUCCUUCCCAGAAAGUUAACGGGCAAGGAACCCCGAUAAAACUCUGGCUUUCUUCUGUCUCUCGCGCCAUCAAAAGCGCCACCGCCCUCUACAAGGGUACUCUCUCUCUCUCAUCUGCUAUAUCAGUUUCUGUUCCCCUUGGGCCGGGUACUUUGCAGCAGGAUGUUUGUUCCUUUCUCUUUCUAAAAAGCUUUGUGCUUUCCCAGCAUCAACAUUACCAAACAGGAGAAAGUAGUAGCACCACGGUUUAUCAAACAGGUUCCCAACUUUCAGGCUACCUUCUCCUUCACACCUAUGAACUCUUGGUGUCGCAUGUGCAACUUCUCCCUUCUCCUUUUUUAAUCGCCUCUCUCUUGCUUUCCACCUCUCUCUAUCUCCCCUCCCCGCCAUGCCUACAGUUAGCAUUGGCAGGGAUUGCCUCUUUGAAGAACUAGGAAGAACUUACACUCAGGAGGAAUUUGAGGAGCUUUGCUUCGACUUUGGAAUUGAACUCGAUGAUGUAACAACUGAGAAAGCGAUUAUUAGGAAAGAAAAGCAUUUGAAAGAGGAAGAAGGAGCUGAUGGCGAUGAAGAAGUUAUUUACAAGAUUGAGGUGCCCGCUAAUAGAUAUGACCUGCUGUGCCUUGAAGGGCUUGCACAAGCCCUUCGGAUUUUUGUUGGAAGUCAACAGACACCAACAUAUACUUUGGCUGACGUUCCAGUUAGUUCCAUGCAUAAAAUUUACAUACGGCCUGAGACUGCACGCAUUCGCCCCUACAUUGUUUGUGCUGUUCUAAGAGGGAUCACUUUCGAUGAAGCUAGAUAUAAUAGCUUCAUUGAUCUCCAAGAUAGGCUCCAUCAAAAUAUUUGCAGGAGGAGAACUCUGGUUGCUAUAGGGACCCAUGAUUUGGAUACUCUACAAGGUCCUUUCACAUAUGAGGCUUUGCCACCUACAGAGAUCAAUUUUGUGCCAUUGAAGCAGGUGAAGAAUUUCAGAGCAGAUGAACUCAUGGACUUUUACAAGUCGGAUAUGAAACUGAAGAAGUUUCUACAUAUAAUUGAGAGUUCCCCUGUAUAUCCUAUCAUAUAUGAUGCGAACAGGACGGUGCUGUCCUUACCUCCUAUCAUUAAUGGGGCACAUUCUGCUAUUAGUUUGAAAACAAAGAAUGUCUUCAUUGAGUGCACUGCAACUGACCUGACGAAAGCCAAAAUUGUUUUAAACACAAUGGUAACCAUGUUUUCAAUGUACUGUGAACGAAUAUUUGAGGUUGAACCAGUUGAGGUGGUGGGUCCUGAUGGAAAAUCGAGCAUGUGUCCUGAUUUGUCAGUGUUUGAAAUGAAGGUUCCCCUUUCUUAUAUCACUAGCUCAAUUGGUGUUUCACUGGAAGCAAAUGAGGUUGUAGGUCUACUGAACAGAAUGCAACUGCAAUCUGAUAAAUCAAAAUCAAAUGAUGGGUCUUGGGUUAUCCAUUUGUCUGUACCACCAACCCGAAGUGAUAUUCUUCACGCUUGUGAUGUGAUGGAGGAUGUUGCAAUUGCUUAUGGGUACAACAAAAUCCCAAAAACGAAGCCAACCUCAUUGACCCUAGGGCAGCAGCAACCGUUGAAUCAGGUCACUGAUCUCUUAAGAUUGGAGGUUGCAAUGGCUGGAUUUUCAGAGGUGCUAACAUGGAUUUUAUGUUCUCACAAAGAAAACUUCUUGAUGUUGAACCGUAAGGAUGAUUCAAAAAUGGCAGUUGUCAUUGGAAAUCCUCGUUCUUCAGAUUUUGAGGUUGUUCGAACAAGUCUCAUGCCUGGCAUCUUGAAAACAGUGGGUCACAAUAAAGAUCAUCCAAGGCCUAUUAAGAUAUUUGAAGUAGGUGAUGUUGUGUUCUUAGAUGGUGAAAAAGAUGUUGGUGCAGCUAAUCGUCGCCAACUUGCUGCAUUAUACUGCAAUGCUAAUUCUGGGUUUGAGGUUAUCCAUGGUUUGGUGGAUAGGAUAAUGGAAGUACUAGGGAUACCUUUUGUUCCAGUUGGAGAUGAUACGGGAUAUUACAUCAAACCUUCUCAUGAGCCAGAGUUUUUUCCAGGGAGACAAGCUGUAAUCCUUUAUAGAGGAAAGCAAAUUGGCCGCUUUGGUAUUGUACAUCCAGAGGUUUUGGCCAACUUUGACAUCCCAGACCCAUGUUCUCUGGUCGAGCUUAACAUCGAGGCAUUACUGUGAACAUUCCAUACAUUGGUAGCCCUUAAAUUUUUCCCUUGUGGCCGCAGGUUUUGUGGCUUGCGUGAGAUGGGGAUACUAUAGUUGCAAUUCAUGAGAAAGUAAAUUUCACAAGACAGACCAAGGCUGAAUAUCAAGCCCAUGGUUUUUUAGCAGGAAAUGAUGGUUAAGAUGCACCAUGUGCAAUGUAAUUCUUAAUAUUUACUUGAAAAUUUGGAUUUAAUAGAUUAUUGAGUUGCUCU